AUGCGGUCAUUUUACGGCGGAAGCACAUUGACACCAUCAGGUUUAGUGGACGUCUUUACUUCCAAUCAAAAUCUGUUGACAGAUUCUUUGAUAGCCACAGGUAUAAAUACAGAAGAACUCGAUUUAUUAAACAAUGUACCUGUAAAAACAGCCGAAAACUACAAGAAGGAAUUCGCACGCGGAUCUCUUAGCGAAGAUAUAAAUUUAAAUAUAACACAAUCAAUAAAAAAGUAUGGUUAUCAAACUGAGGAACACGAAACUCAUACUGAAGAUGGAUAUAUCCUCACAAUGUUUCGAAUCCCACAAAACGGCCCUACGGUGUUCUUGAUGCAUGGUUUACUGGGCAGCGCCGAUGAUUGGAUAACGCCGGGACCUGAUAGUGGACUCGCCUAUCUCUUAGCGAUAGAUGGCUACGACGUGUGGAUGGGAAACGCCCGAGGUAACAAACACUCUAGGCGCCACGUACGCCUAUCGCCAGACAAAGACCGUGAAACAUUUUGGGACUUCAGCUGGAAUGAAAUCGGGCGCAUCGACCUCCCAGCCAUGAUCGACUAUAUCCUAUGUGUUACCAACCAACCAACGCUCAAGUAUGUUGGUUUUUCACAAGGAACAACGUCCUUUUUCGUUAUGGCCUCUGAGCGACCAGAUUACAACGACAAAAUUUCACUCAUGGUAGCGCUAUCCCCAGUGGUAUGGAUGACUCAUGUGAAAAGCCCACUUCUUCGUCUUAUUGCUCCAAUUAAUCCAUAUAUACAUGCUAUGUUUAUGUUCAUAGGUGUACACGAAUUUUUACCGAGUAAUCGUUUAAUUAAAUCAAUAGAAAAGAAAAUGUGUGGUAAUGUGAUCUUAUCACAACUAAUAUGUUCUAAUAUUUUGUUUCUACUAUGUGGAUUUAAUUACAAACAAUUAAAUAUUACGAAUUUGCCUGUGAUCUACGCACAUAUUCCAUCAGGAGCAUCUACGAAACAACUUGUGCAUUAUGGGCAAGGAAUUGUUUCCGGAGAGUUUCAAAAAUUUGACUAUGGUACCAAAAAAAAUAUGCAGAAGUAUAAUUCAAAAGUACCUCCUAAAUAUCACGUGGAAAGGGUGACGAGCCCAGUGGCUCUAUUUUACAGCGUGGAAGACUGGUUUUCAAACAUCACCGACGUCAAUGUUCUACAAAAAACAUUACCAAAUGUGGUUGAUGCAUAUGUAGUUCCAGACAAAAAAUUUAAUCACAUUGAUUUUACAUAUGCCAAAGACCUAAAGACAUUAAUAUAUAGUAGAUUGUCGAAAUUGUUCAAGAAAUUCUAA